CAGAGGAAUUUGAGGCACAAAUUGCCAAGCUGUGCUUUCAUAACAAGCUCCAAUGAGAACAUCUGACCGUGAAAAGCCUUUCAACUGACCAACUCGAUGCCAUCAGAUUAUUCCACAACGUUUAAAGAAUUAAACUGAUGCUUCACGCUCGGAUGUCUGCUUUGCUUCCGUAAAUCGUAAAUCUACUGUGAUUUGAUUGGUCGUCACCUCAACCUCAACCUCAACGAGGUGUAAAUAUAAAUGUAGAGCCACACAGCUUUAAAGCAACACAAAGGACCAAAUGAACCAAGUACGAGUGUGAACAAGCCCCGAGAAACACCAUUAGUAUGACUGUUGUGGACUUAACCAGCAUCAUUUCUCCAGUGUGUGUCGACAGAAAUCAACUUUUACACUAAACAUCAGUCAAGAAACACAGGAUGAAGUUUCCGGCAGUUCAGCGCGAGAAAUGGCUCGUUUUGCUCACUUUUCUGCACAUGUGGAUUGGAUCAAGUAAUGGAUGCCUUUAUCCAGGCGGUGAUUAUGAGUUUAAAUUGAAACUGGACAAGAAUGUCAUCCCUGCUUUGGCGGGAUGUGCACAGAUCCCCUGUGCGUAUUCUGCUCCAAUGAGAACACAUUCAGGCCGGCUGGUCUGGUUCAGUGGGAGCCCCGACUUCCCCAUCAGCCCACGAGAUAUGGAGCGUAAGGACGGCCUGCUGAGACCACUGGCUUCUAUUCUAGAAGAAUGCAGCAUCGUUCUGUGGGACUUCAGCGGACAUGAAAGAGUCGAAGAAUAUGGAGUCAUGUUAGAAUGGGGAACCAAUGAAACACAUGUUUACGAUGAGAGAGUCGCGGUGUCUUAUUCUGCUGCAAAACUGAACAUCAGUCUACACUCUGAAGUCCUUGAAGCUGGAAAACGCACAAUAAUAAUCUGCAGUCUUCCAGACCUCUGCCUCAACAGUGAUCCAAUAGUAACCUGGAAGGGGCUGAACUCAAAGCAGCUCCGUCGUCUGAGAUUUCCCAGGGAAAUGGAAACAUAUUUGAUGUACAGCGAACAGCUCUUCUAUACACCCGUCCCCGAGGAUCACCAAGCCGAGAUCACAUGUGAAGCUACGUUCGGGAAAAAUCUGAGCGCCAGUGCUACCAUGACUUUGACCGUUCACUCUCAUCCUCAGAUACUGAACAGCUCCACGUGCUCUCUGAAGCAGGAUCUGCUCACCUGUGUGUGUGUCAGUCAGGGUGUGCCUUUGCCUGAUGUUCACUGGCCUCUGCAGAACAACAUUGAUUUUAACACCGUUGUAUCAUCAGACGGCCACAUCACUGUGAGAAGCACCUUCACCAUGAAAGUGGUGGACCUCACCAGCAUCAGUUCUCCAGUGUGCGUCAGCAGAAAUCCACUUGGUCAGACAAAUAUGACGCUACCUCUGAACAUGGAUGAAGUAUUAGAGGAACCAGAAGGUGACGGGCAAUCUAAAAAUGAUUUGGAGAGCUGAAAAGCAACAAGCCUGCUGACAGUGAUGGUUGAAGUGUUCCAGUAGUUCAAGUAAAAUCAAACAUUUGCCAUUUUUACAAUGUGCAUCUUAGUGUGCAUUAAUGUAUUCAAUAAUCCUAAUGCAAUGGUAUAUAUUUGUGAGCAUCUUACAUGCAUCAUAUUAGCUCAUGAGCUUGCAUUGUCCUUGCUUUCUUAUGUCUUUGCAUUGCCUUUAAAUUGAGAUCUUCUGUCAAAUUAACUGAACUGUCAUGUUCUGUCAUUUUCCUAAUCUGUUUAUGAGCUGUUAGUCAAAGUAGGAGGAUUUUACAUUCUUGCUUUUCAAGAUUUUUUAGAAAUAUUUCUGUUUAGUUAGCAGAAUUUGUGACAAUGUUUACAUUGUUUACUUUAAAUGUAAAAAAAAAAAAAAAACAUGUUAUAACGAGGCUCCUACAUGUGAGAAUAAAAAAAUUAAAAAGUGAAUUCAUGACUCGAUAAAAUCAAUUUCUUAAAUUAUUAAUAUUAAUUU